AUGUAUGAAGAUUUGAAGAAAACAGAAAUAACAGAGCUACUUUCUGAAGCCAAGAAAACAGCAAUUACUUUGACAGGUACUGAAGUGUCUGCCUUAGAAGAGCGCUACGAUAGCUGGCAAAAGUUAGUUCGUGUCACUGCAUGGUUGUUGAAGUGGAAGAGACUGCACAAGAAACCUAAACUUGGAUAUCUCAUCGCAGAAGAAGUCAAGGAUGCAAAACACACCUUACUAAAGAACGUACAACAAAAUGCCUUUCAAGAUGAAAUAAGGGAACUUCAGCAAGGAAGUCAASUAMGUAAGUCAAGCAGUAUCGUUAAGCUGGACCCACAGUUGAGUGAUGRCAAUGGUCUUUUGGUUGUUGGAGGAAGAUUGGAAUUUGCGUCUAUCUCAGAAGAAGCCAAACACCAGGUGAUACUGCCUCACAAGUGCAAUAUUACAGAGAAGGUGAUAUUAGAUGUCCAUUAUAAAGCCAACCACGYUGGGYCUGAAACCACGCUAAGCAUUGUUYGCCAAAGAUUUUGGAUAACACAAGGWAGAAGAGRGGUGAAACGAGUUCUACACAWGUGUCUGAUUUGCCAGCAUUGGAAAACAAAACCAGUUGAACAGAAGAUGGCUCCCUUGCCUGCAGACCGAGUGCAGAUAGUNCAAACAGCUGUUAGAACAUGUGAAUUAUAG